AUGAUCCACCACGUCCUCGCUGCUCCCGCUCGAGCAGCGGAUCGUCCCAUCUCGCCCGUCACAGGCGAAGCCAUGGCGACUGCCAUUUUCAAGAACCAGCAGCGAUACGUCCUAGGGUGUAUCUUUGCGCCCUUGAUCGUUGAUAUCCUCCUGCUCGGAGUCCUCUUGACCCAGGUGUACACCUACUUCACAUGUCAGAAGGACGACCGGUGGAUGACCAAGGCCGUCGUGCUCACCGUCUUAUUCAUCAAUCUCUGCUUCUCGGCGUACCUCACCUACUUCAUCCAGUGGCUCUUUGUCGAGAACUUCGGUCUUUGGGCGCCCUUCUUCAAUACCAAGCGCCUGGCGUGGGGUCCGUUCAUCGACGCUCUUAACUCGUUCGUCGUCCAGACCUUCAUGUCAUAUCGCGCCUACCGGCUUCUCAAUCGCCUGAUCUGGAUCCCCGUCGCUGUCACGGCACUUUGCUUGAUCAGUGUCGGAGCGACGCUCAGUGUGCUUAUCAUCUUCUUCAAUCUCAACUCUCUCAUCGAUGCCUACCGCGUCAAGAUCCCGGAGCUCCUCUGGCUGACCUCCAUCGUCUGUGCCGACCUGAUCAUCACUAUAUCGAUCAUUUACGGCUUGAUCAAGUCCAAGACCGGAUGGGCCCAUACCCACAAGAUUCUCAGCAAGCUCGUCAGAAUGACUAUCGAGGGUCAGGUCCCGCCCCUUCUCAUCGCCCUGCUGUUCAUGGUCGAGUUCAUCCACACCCCCAACAACUUCCUCGCUGCCUGCCUUCAGAACUGUCAAUGCAAAUUGUACGCAAACCCAGGCGGGGCGGAAGUUUUCGUGCCACGCAAUCAAACCAAACCAGAUCAGCUGCAAGUCAAGGUUGAGACCGGGACGACGCUGAACGGCCCUUACAGCAACUAUGCAGGCAACCGGAAGGCCGCAGACUCGUUCUCCAUCACCGACCACUCCGGAGUCGCGUACAGCUCGCAGGCGCAACUUACCGCCUAA